GUGCUGGUGGGUGGGUGUGCGCUUGGAAUGCUGUAGGUGGUUUGCAAAAAUUCGUGUAUUUUUGUAAGGUGUUUUUUAUUUGAAUACUUUUCGAUGAAUCUGGAUUCAAAAGAUUACGACCAUGUCAAGAAUCUUACCCUUUUGUUCUUCCUUGACCGUCUUAUGGACAAAGGGGAGCCACGAACCCUGCACGACCUCAGCUGUCAAUUUGGUACUAGAGGUUUUACUAAAGAAAUGCGGCAGAUAGCUGGAGGUUCCCAAUCAGGUCUCCGAAAGUUUAUGGAACAAUAUCCGUCCUUGUUCACAAUCGAUGGUGACUACGUCACAGUUACAAACUAUAGCAAUGGUGUCCAUAACCCAAGUGAUCCCGUAGCACGUUUAGCCGGUCGCGAUUAUGCACAAGAGGCAGUUGACUACUUCAUUGGAAAGCUUCGUCAGUAUGGGCCUGGCACGGAAGUCCCCAUCAAGAGCCUUCUGGGACACAGGUCUCAAGCCUCGCCUGAAGUGCGUCAUGUAUCAGGCCAACACAGUAAAGAAUUCAAAGAAUUUCUCAUGAAAUAUCCUGAUGUGUUUGUCAUUAGGGAGGAAAAUAUCAUACUUAAAGAGUAUGAAGGUGCCACACCUCAACCAUUUAAGGAGCUUGAACAGCCCCAGGUGGACCCCAGAUUGAUGCAGCAAGUUAUGCAAUAUUGUGCAGCUGCUCUGCUUCAAGGGCCUCUCUAUGUGGAGGCAUUGUUUGAUGGUCUUGCUUCUGCUUGCCCUUCCAAUGUAUGGCCUAAAAUUUGUCGCACACCCAGUGACCUCUGUACAUUUCUGAAAAUGCAUGGUAAUACAUUCAGUGUACAAAGCAAUUGUGUCCACUUAUUGCAACCCCCUAAAUCUUUGUUUGAUGCAAUGGAGCCAUUCACAGACCCAACACUGAGUUCUCCUUCUCCAACGUCUUUGCCAUCCGUGACAUGUUCUCCUCGAAUAAUGUCUUCAAAUGAAGCUUCUUCUCCACCAGUUAGUAACAAUCUUCCUCCUGCCAUGAGUGAGUCUUUGCCUCCUUCUGUGAAUGGCAAUUUUGGCCCACCAUCAUUGCAAAGGCAAAAGAGUUCUCUUACUCUAAAGGAAACUCUAAAUGCAGUGAACAAAGGAAAAGAUAAUUCAAAGAAUAAUAAUGAUUGCACCUCACCCAGUCCACCUCCAGGAAAUGAUGAAGAUGCAACUUACACAAAUGGAGGCUUGAAAAGUAAACAGAAGAGUCACACUCUGAAAGCUCGUUUGGGAACAAUACUCCGUAAAACCAUUGCUGAUAAUGAACGAGAAAGGAGUGGCAAUGCCAAUGCUUUACUACCCACACCGUCCCUGAUAGAUCCUGCUAACAUGACAGAAGAACAGUGCAGCCAGAGACUGCUGCAGAAUACUGAAGUGGUUGUCUCUGUGCGACGUUGUCGGCAAAUCACCAACUGGAUUUUGGCAACACGCAAACCUGUGGCCCUGGAUGGAGAAGGGGUUAACUUGGGUCCUUCUGGGCCAAUGACACUUCUUCAGCUUGGUGUUUAUACUGGACAAAUUUACAUCUUUGACCUGCAAGUGGAAAGCCAAUUAAUGAGUCAAGGAGGAUUGAAACAAGUUCUAGAGUCAUCUGAGGUUAUUAAGGUGACCCAUGAUUGUCGUGGAGAUGCGGGAGCUCUGUACAACCAGCACGGUGUUACUCUCGCCAACGUCUUCGAUACUCAGGCGGCGUAUUCCAUCUUGCAAAUGCAGGAGACUGGCAAGCCUGUGUUCAAGGUGAAGUGCAUCUCCCUGAAUCAUCUUUGCUCCUUGUACAACGCUCCCGUCAACCCUCGCAAGGACCAGAUGAAGAAGAUCUACCGCCGUGACCAGCGCUUCUGGUCCCGCCGGCCACUGACGCAAGAAAUGAUCUUAUACGCAGCGUACGANAGAGUAUAUAUUUUGACCACAAAAUAUAUAUCCGAACAUCGACGUCUGGAGCCGAAUCUGAUUGAGCUGUUCGCUGAGCUGUGCGAGGAGCAGGUCUUCUGGACCAUCUGGCCGGAGGAGGUGAAGGAGACGAAGCGUCGUAGGAAAAUGGAAACCGAAAUAGAGGAACUCAAGACACGCCUUGCCAACACGCAGGCCAAGAGCAUCGUACUUUCCAACAGGGAGAUCAGGCUACUCAGGUAUCUAGAGCUCAGUGAUGAGGAGAGGGAAAAAUUGGAGGGCUCGUCUAAAGUCGUCAAGAAACUCGAACGUCUCCAAAACAAGGACAGCAACAACCUCAGGGACAACUCUCCCGACAAAGAGGACGAGGACGACACGGAGUUCCCCAGCAUCAGCAGUCUCGGGUCGGGAGGCUCAAGUGGUUCAGGCGGAGUCUUCUCUCCGCGCUCUGAACCUCCUUCCCUCUCUGAGCCCCUCAAGCAGGAACCGACGUCACUGACGGACAGCAUGGUGAUGGUCGAACACGUGCUUAAUGACCAGACGAUGGACAGACUCGAAAAAAUCGGCCGUUUGGAGUCCAUCUUGUCGGCUGCGACUUUGGACAGUGACCCUGGGGGCGACUGCGGCCUCCAACUCCGGGGGCCUAGUGCCGCUGCCUCGCCAGUACCACCUUCGACGUAUGGGGAUUUAAUUAUUAAUGACAGGGACUGUUCAUCGUCGGCACAACGAUGCUGCAGCUGCAAUUGUCACUCGACUGUGUCACGGUCCGUUGUCACGUCACCGGUCUACUCUCCUGCCAUGAGCCCGUCACACUCGCUUCACAAUUACUCCCCGCGGAAAGGGGGGAAGGUGGACUCGCACUGCCAGACCCUCAGCACUGGGGAUAUCGUUAUCACUAAGGUCUAUUUUCCUGAUGGUGAUAACUCUAAGGACUCAAGUUAACUUUUUCUUGUAAUCUCAGGGUCGCAUAUGUUCUUAUUUCCGUGUGGACGGGUGAAAUCUUCGCUGUUCACCCAAUCUCUUAGUAAAAUUUUUUAGAGAAAUCAGUGAUUUGCCGUAUUUCUUAUCAUGUUCUGUACCUAGUACGUUGUAUGGCUUCGUUCUAUUUGCUUAAACUAAACAAUGCUUAAUUUAUGUCCUUGACAAAAUCAGCGGACAUUUUUGUCUCGUUAUGAAUUCUCGGCAAUUUUUGCUGAGUGGAACAAUUAUUUUAGCGUAGUUGUAAGACGUCACAUUUUUUAGAAACUCGAUCUAUACUUUUCGACCUGACAAUCCAACUUUUCUUUUUUCAAGACAGUUUUGAAUAGUUUUCUUUCUUUUUUCUUAUUGAAGUCUUUUCUAUGCGGUGAUCAUUGUUAUCUUUUUUGUAAGUCUAAAGACUUUCAGGCAAUAGUUGCGUCCAUAAUCUCAGCAGGAUAGAAUGUAGUUUAGCUUUUCGGAUGCAGAAUAACUGAUCUUGUUUCUCUAUGGGAUACCAUGGACAAUAGCAUAUUUAUAAGUGCUCUGACAAUCACAUUUGCCGCGUGUUGUUACCCAAUCUGUCCUUGUUGAGCCUGUCAAAUGCUUUGGCGGGCAAUAGCUGUAGUGCAAUGCCGUGUCUGUGAUAGCCGCAUUAGCGUUCAACUUCUUAGAUUUGUUCAUCUUCACGUUUCUGUCAUAUAUUCACUCAUGCUUUUCCUGUAGCAAAUUUUGUCUCUCCUCCUUAAUUGCUUUAUUCUGGAAUGCUCUUAAUCCUAUAAGGUUUACUUUACACCAAAAUUGGAUUAUUGUGUCCCAUAGUAUUUUUUUAAAACCGUCACCGUCAAUAGAAUUUUGACGUGUAUUGGAUUUUAACUUUUUAGUUAAUUUUUUGAAUGAAAAUUUAUCAAAACUUAUUUUAGUGAUUGAAGCAACUUAUUUAGAUACUUUGUGCUUCUUCAUGCUCUAAUCAUUUUGUGAUUUUCAUGUAGUGGCACAAACUCAAAUAUUAAUGUAAUGGUCGGUCACUCUUGAUCAUCACAAGCGUCGCCGCUCACUCACUACGCUGCUGCUCACGUACGAAAUAUCAACUACAACGAAUGUUUUGCCUGCACGGCGCCUUACCUAUAUUAUAUGUUUUAAUCUUGGCGUUCCUCAUCCUUCGCUCCUGAAAUAAAGUGUCUUCUUCACUCCGGCCAUUUAGAACUAAUAGCUGUGUAGCCUGUAUUGUAACCUUUAUAGUGUAGCUUUCUCUUAGAUGACCUUUACGCAUUUGCUGAUCUAGGCUGGAAAAUAUCUUGAUUUUCUCGCUGUUUUUAUAGUGUUCGUACUUUCAUAGAUGCGUGGUUUUUCGCACCCUCCCUCAUUUGUCACCGAGCCUCUGUUAUGUGAAGUAUAACUCACAUCUGUUGUACUCCUGUGAGACAUCGUCGAUAAAUCUGGCAAUACUGAGUCGAUAAAUAUGGCAUCGCCUAAUAUGGCAAUACUAAGAACAGUUGAAUUUUGUAAAGCAUCGACUGACAUCACUUCCUCAGAUGAAGUUUUUCGUCCAGUUGAGAUAUUUUCGUACCAUAUACAACACUUGAAAAUUUUUUUUUGAAAUGACCCAUUGUGAUCACCUACCUACAUUUGGUCGCUUCGUUCGGUCACGUUUCUGCAUCGAAAAGAAGUGUCGAGAUUACCUGGUGGUUAUUUAUAAGACUGCUUCUCUCAUUGUGUAAAUUUUAAGGCGUUUUCUAUACUCGGCCUAUGCUGCCACGCAAUUUCGUGUUCGAUCACCUAAGACCGCAUAAUGAAUUGAUCGCUGUUAACUCAACGAAUUACACCUUAGAAGAUUCUGCUCGUAGUAUUAAGAAAUUAAGAGUUCAUCGUCCAAUAUAUUGUAGUAAUCUCUCGUUUAAGUGAUAUUUUUCUUACGUCAUUAGAUGAUCGCUUUUGUAUGGCUUGCAAACUUUUCGUCCCUUUUACUUACCUAUGCGGCUAUGCGUUCUUGUCAGAACGCAGAUUAGAAACCUAGCUCUUGCAUUUUUCCUUGUCUUUUCAGCAUCUUGCUGCACGUGGCAUAACAUUGCUCGUGAAGCUUCGCCCGGAUAUAUAGAUUUUUUUACUCCAGAUGUAAUGGUUGUGCCCUCGGUAUCGAUGUACUUGAUUAAUUUUCAGUGUUUCUCGAAGUUUGAAAAUCUAGGAUCAUGAACAGUAUGCCUUGUAAUUGAGUUUUCCAGGCAUGGAUUCGGAAGUCAUUUUUAACAGUAAAGUACACUUAUAGAAUAGGUUUUAACUCUUGCAAUAGCGUUACUGUUGAACCCGCAUUGCCGUUUCGUAAUCUUAACUCGUAGGUUACAGUUUUAGAAAAUAUGAUAUAUUGGCCUCUCACGUACUUCAUUUUAUUUAUAUUUUUAAGCUAUAUAUUGAGAUCCGCGAUAGCUUAUAUCUUGUGACUAAUCAAGCAAAAAUUGUGUUGAUUAUUCAUCGAACUUAUGUACAAUUGUACAGCUUGGUGUGUAAGUUGUACAUAUGUUUAACCAAGUACACGGAUAAUACU